CGCGCCAGCCAUUCCCUUCACUGAGCUGCGGAGAGGUCACACCCGAAUGAGCAAAGCGCGGAGACGUCGAAGUGACUUGUUGUUAAUGUAGGAUCCCGUAGUUCCAUGUGGUUAUGGGUGGUGGCCAGACAUAACGACAUAGCAGGAUUCUCCGGUGACACGGUAGUUGCUUCUACUCUCACAUUACGGAUUUUUUUUUUUGUAGCUCCUCGAGUUUUAGGUUCAACUGUGCAAAACUGAGACCUAGAGAUUACGUUUUUGUUUGGAACCGUGCGCGUCUGUGACGGAAUCAAAACAACAAUGCAGGGUGGCACAAAUAAAUCACAUACUGAAUUAAGUGACGCGGUGUCAGUGUCUUUAGGUUUGAGUUCGCAGUUUAACGAGAUAGUGGAUAAUGGACGGGGCGACACUCCGCUCUCUACAGACAGCGGCCCAAAUCUCGGAAACCGUUUCUCCGUCUCAGAGAAUUUUGGAGCUGGCGCCAGUUUGACCUCAGAGUUAACCACCCAGAUGCCGAGGAAAACCAUAAUUAUAUCAAAUGGGCCAUCAUUCGAAGUAAAUCAAGACAUUUGUGGACCAAAUGGCUUGGGUUUUUUACAGACCCUGGAGCGCGAAAGGGACAGCGAAUGGAAAGUGACAAGGCCUACGCACGAUUUGGAGAUGGCCCAAGGUCUCCGUAAAAACUCAGACAUGUUCGUGAAUCUGGAUAACGGUAACGCAGUGCCCUCUCAGUUUGACGAACUGUUUCCUUUAAGUUCUCCAUUACGUAAAGACCCCCCAGGCCUGGUGUUUGGUAGGGACUUUCCGGACACAUCGACGUUCAAUUACCAAAUCCAAAGCAGCCGUAACAUCAAACUCGAACCAGGGCACGAGGGACCCUAUCCGGUGGCGGAUGGAUCUUGGUUCUGUAAAUAUUGUGACAACGGAAAUUGCAUGUCUCGUGGAGCACGUAAACCCUUUCCCUGUACCUCGUUCCCUGGGGCUAACUAUACGGACUAUGACUCUGGGAUGCCACAGGAUUUUCAUGUUCAGGCGCAAAAUUACCAACGUGUGAUGAUGGAUGAAAGGGGUCUCCAAGUGUAUCACUCCGCUAUCAAGAAGGAUAGUUCUGGAUUGAUGGGUGCUGACCCCAGCUUGAGAUGUGAGGAUAUGUUGCCAGUGAGGGUGUAUUUCUCAGACCGGAGGGUGUGUAAGGUAUGUGGAGACGAGGCGUCAGGCUGUCACUAUGGAGCUGUUACCUGUGGGAGUUGCAAGGUGUUCUUCAAGAGGGCCGCAGAGAGUAAGCAGAAUCACCUGUGCGCUAGCCGUAAUGACUGCACCAUCGAUAAGCUGAGGAGGAAGAACUGUCCUUCCUGUCGUCUCAGCAGAUGCUUCCAGUCUGGAAUGAGCCUCAAAGGCCGGAAGCUGAGGGGAGCUGGCCCACUGAAAGGAGUAGUGGAGGGGGGAACACAGGCACCUGGCAGAGAGAGGGAAGGAGAGAGGACUGGAGAGAGGACUGGAGAGAGGACUGGAGAGAGGACUGGAGAGAGGACUGGAGAGAGGACUGGGGGACUACAGUUAGCCACCAUUUCCCCACAGGCUCAAUGUGAGGAUCAAUAUUAUUGCUGUGCUGCUCCGCAGGCUCCCACUCUUGGCCCCUCCCCCAGCCUAUGCCCCUCCCUCCUCAAUGUCCUGAGUUCCAUCGAGCCAGGAAUGGUCAACGCAGGCCAUGACACCUCCCAGCCAGACUGUUUCACCUCCCUACUGUCCAGCCUCAACGAGCUGGGAGAAAGACAACUGGUGUCUGUGGUGAACUGGGCUAAAGCCAUGCCAGGUUUCAGAGAGCUGCAUGUAGAAGACCAGAUGUCAGUGAUCCAGUCUUCAUGGCUGGGGUUGAUGGUGUUCGCUCUGGGCUGGAGGUCUUACACUAACACAGAUGCUAGAGAGCUCUACUUCGCUCCUGACCUCAUCUUCAACGAUCAGAGGAUGCGUGUGUCCAGUAUGUAUGAACACUGUGUCCAGUUCCGUCUGCUGUCCCAGAGGUUCUGUAUGCUCAGAGUCACCCAGGAUGAGUUCCUCUGUAUGAAGGCUCUGCUCCUCUUCAGCAUCAUCCCUGUGGAGGGUCUGAGGAAUCAGAAGUGUUUUGACGAACUGAGGAUCUCUUACAUCAAGGAGCUGGAUCGUCUGGCCAGCUACCAUGGAGAAAAACACCACACACAACGCCUGUUCCAGCUAACACAGCUACUGGACUACCUACACCCAAUUGUGAGGAAGCUGCACCAGUUCACCUAUGAUCUGUUUAUCCAGGCCCAGUCUCUGCCCACCAGAGUCAGCUAUCCAGAGAUGAUCUCUGAGAUCGUCAGCGUUCACGUGCCCAAGAUGCUCACAGGCAUGGUUCAGCCAAUCCUCUUUCACAAUGCACCUUGCUAGAGGGUCUUCCUAUCACAAUGCACCUUGCUAGAGGGUCAUCCCAUUACAAUUCAUCAUAAAAGAGGGACAGACAAUAACAAAACAAUCUGCUAGACAUUCAACCCAGGGUCCCCCAUUGAUUUUGUCAGUCUCUCUCACUCAGAUAUCAUAUGAACAUGGCAUAAGUCCUGGCAAAAUGUGUAGAAUUGUAGAAAAUUGGCUUUAAAACAGCAAGAUUUUCUCUCCACCCCAUUGCAAAAUGAGUAGAAUUACAGAAAAUGUGCUGUAAAACCAGAACAUUUUCUGUCCACCCAAUGGCAAAAUGUUUAGAAUUGCAGAACAUGUGCUUUAAAACCACAACAUUUUCUCUCCUCCAUGGUAAAAUGUGUAGAAUUUCAGGAAAUGUGCUUUAAAACCACAACAUUUUCUCUCCACCUCAUGGCAAAAUGUGUAGAAUUGCAGAACAUGUGCUUUAAAACCACAACAUUUUCUCUCCUCCAUGGCAAAAUGUGUAGAAUUUCAGGAAUAUAUGCUUUAAAACCACAGCAUUUUCUCUCUGCCCCAUGUCAAAAUGUGUAGAAUUUCAGGAAUAUAUGCUUUAAAACCACAGCAUUUUUUCUCCGCCCCAUGUCAAAAUGUGUAGAAUUGCAGAAAAUGUUUUUGUUUUUGUUUUUUUGCCGUCAAGAGGGGGACCACUGAAAUGUUUUACCCACGAGGUGGGGGUAAACCUAGCCCUGGUUCAAUAUAUCACAAAACACCUUGGAGGUUAAAACUAUAACUAUAACCUUGUUAGACACCCAACCAUUUACUGUACAUAAUUAGACACAAAGCCAUCGAUGACAUCACAUCAAGUCGGUUUUAGCAUGCUAAGAUGGCAUCUCACGAGGGAGAUUUAUGUAGACAUAACAUGCACAGUUUGAGCUACUCCAGGAAGUGAUUUUGCUGGCUAGCUCAGUACUGCCCCUCUCAUUGAGUAUCUCAAGUGGAAAUGAUAGCCGACCGGGGUACUGCAGGCUGCCAUAGCAACUAAAUUAUCCAUAUAACUUCAUUGUGUGAUUUAAAAAAAAAUAAUCGGUUCAAGGACAUACAUCUGUUGUAAUAGAAGCAAUUAUCUGUAACAUGAUUGUCUUCUGUUUUUUUUUUUUCUUUGAAUAUUGACCUGAAGUUUGCCAUUUACUAUAACGGGGGAUCCUGCUUUCUUGAAAAAAACAGCCUGGCUUCAAUGAGAGGUGGCAGUUGGUCUCCCCUGGGUCCCGCACAUACUCUUCCUUUGCGCUGCUAGUCACUAGCUUGGAAUCCAAACUGAAUAUCAUUCUGUAUUGUUCACUAUCCUUCACUUCCCUGACAGUCACCAGGAUGUAUGCCAUUGAUUACGUUGGAUCCCCUGAUCUCAAGCUGGGGUUUGAUCCUGAAUGUACAUCUCAGAUUGUUGUUUUUCUCUUUUACUUUUCAGUUUACCAUUAUUUGCUCUUUCAUAGUUUCAGCAAAAUGUAGUAGUACAUUACACAAUGUCAAAAUAAGACAUCAUUCUCAAUUACACAUUAUUCAUACUCUAUAGACACAGACAAAGAGGUGCCUAUAGCUGAUCAUUUGACCUUUGUAAAUAACACCAUAUCAAGCACAAAGUGUACAUGACUUCUGUAAAUAUGGAAUGGAUUAUAUGUUGCAUAUUCUAUAAAAACAAAUCAGACUUCUUUCAAAUUUGAUCUAAAACGAACAAAUAAAACAAUCUAUAUUCCACUUCA